GGCUGUGGUGGUGAAGUCCGUAGGGACUUGGCUUGGGAACCGGAAGGCAGCCAACUGCUGCUCACACUAGGAUAGGUCAGAUGUAAAAUGUGUUUCCCCUCUGUGGGACCAUUAAGGGUUCCUUCUUCAACACAUACGAUAGCUCUACAUGUCCGCUGCACAUUGUCUCCACGGUUAACUGUGGCCCCCCUCAGAGCUUACUGCAGUCAGUUGGAUGGAGGAGGCGGCCAGGUGCUUCCUGGGGAGGUUUGUGGAGGAGUUCCCAGCUGCUCUGGAGGCAGGCAGUGCGCUGCCCGUCACCCCCCUGAGCAGCACAGCCUGUCUGGAGGAGCUGCAUGGAGAGAGCCUGGAGCUGGGCCUGAGGCUUCUGGCUGCCAGGGGGGCUCCUGCAGGCCUCAGUGCCCUCCUCUGCCAGACAGCGCUGUCCCAGGUAUUGCAGGAUGACCUUUCACCUUUUCACUGCCCCCAGGAGGCUGAGGACCACCCAGAGGAGGAACAGCCAGUCGUCUUGCUUCAGUCAGAGGCAGUCCAACGUCUUUUCCUCAACAAACUUAUAAGUGUGGCGCUGGCGUGGCAUCAAAACCUCCCCGAGCCCCCCCCCUCCCAUGCCCGCUUCCUCCACUGCUCUGUCCAUGCUAUCAAGAACACGAGGAGGAAGAUGGAGGACAAACACCUGGCCCUGGCUGAGUUCAACCAGCUGUUUGGUUUCAAGGACAGAGAGCAAUGUGCCUACUACGCUGUGUUUGACGGCCACGGAGGGGUGGACGCUGCUACCUACGCUGCCACGCACCUCCAUGUGGUUCUGAGUCAACAGGACACCCUGCAGAGUGACCCAGCCACUGCCCUGAAGCGAGCCUUCACACACACAGACCACAUGUUCAGGGGCAAAGCCAAGAGAGAGCGUCUGCGGAGCGGCACUACAGGCGUGGCCGUGCUGAUCCUGGGACAGCAGCUGACUGUGGCCUGGCUGGGAGACUCUCAGGCUACACUGGUCAGAAAGGGACAAGCUGUUACGCUCAUGGAGCCCCAUAAACCAGACAGAGAGGAUGAGAAACAGAGGAUUGAGGAUCUCGGUGGCUGUGUCACCUUUAUGGGUUGCUGGCGUGUGAAUGGAACCUAUGCUGUAUCCAGAGCUAUAGGUGACUUUGACCAGAAGCCCUACGUGUCCGGAGAGGCUGACAGCUUUACCACCCAGCUGAGUGGGGAUGAGGACUAUGUGCUGCUGGCGUGCGAUGGCUUUUUUGAUGCAGUACAACCUUCAGAAGUCCCACAACUAGUCCUAGAUGCUCUCAGGCAGUCUGAGGACCCUGAGGGUGGGCGAGACGCUCCGCUGGAACGAUCUGAGGAGACUGUGGGUGCGAGAGUGGCUCAGCAGCUGGUGGCCCACGCUAAGGCAGCGGGCUCUAGUGACAACAUCACCGUGAUGCUCGUGUUCCUGUGCCCACCAGAGCAACUGCUGGUUCAGAACUCCAUCACUGGACCGGCACUUUCCUCCACAGUAUCUGUCGGACAUCCUGCAGACUGACAGAGCUUAUUACAAAAACACAGCAAGGUUGAGUCACUCUUUGUCCUGCUUUACAAGAUAGUUUGAAUAUAUAUACAGCUCUGGAAAAAAUUAAAAGACCACUGCAGCAUUAUCAAUUUCUCUUGCUUGACUAUUUAUAGGCAUGUAUUUUUUUGAUUGUAUUCUAUAAACUACUGACAACCUUUCUCUGUGUUGGAAUUCAACAGACACUGGAAUAGAUUGGCUUUCAUAGAUGAAGUGAUUAAGAUUUAAGAAAAAUGUGGAAUGGUCUCUUGAUUUCUUCCAGAGAUGUAUGUGUUGAGUGACGAAGGGCAAGUUUCCAGCAGCCAGACAUCCAUGCUAGGUUAGGGUUCCGUGGAGGAGAGGCAGAUGGCUCCUUCAUCAGUAAAGGUUGUUAACUCCUGGUAUUAGGGAAAAUAAUAAUAAGAGGAAUAUAGUAAAAAAAAAUUAGAAUAUGGUCAAACUUACAGUAUAUGUGCAAAUGACUGUUCUCCACUGUUUUCCACAUUUCUUCUUUGUGUCAUAUCAACUUUAUACUAAACUCAGACGUAAUGAAGUUAAUGUUCGAAUGUAUUCUCAACAUUUAAACUCUUUUCUUAACAUCUGUUACAUGCUACUAAUGCAAAAAAAAGAAGCUAUUUUCCCCCUCCCAUUGUUUUCAUUUAGUGUAUACCUGGCCCUGAUACCCUCUCCUAAGUGUGUGUGAGUGUUAUUAUGGUCAGCAAAAGGUCAGCUCAAAGCACAGGAAUGCACAUGAGUCAGAGGUGUAUGACUUUUUUUUUGUUGUCCUUAUUUUCUGUAUUUCUGUUGUUGGUCAAUAUCAAAUGUUCUAUGUGCAUUAACCAUAUGUUUUUUUUUUUUGUUUGAAAUGUACCUUUUGGUUCACUCACAAUCUUUGAGCGCCUGUUUUGAAAAGGUAGGAGUGGAUUCACACUGACAUCAUUUUGAUGACUUUACAUUUCUGCUUCAGUGGAUACUUUUAUUGGUGCAUGCAGGACAGUGAAUCCAGAAAAGUGCUAUUGUGAACUUCAGGCUCGUAACGCCCAUCAUCCUUGAGGAAAUGAUACCAGUAUAUGUAUUAUGCCAAGUUGUACUCUUCUGCUGUGAGUAUUUAGAAAAAAACUUGUAUUUAUUCAGUAGACUUUGUAACUGGCCCCAGCUGUAUUAUUUGGGAAUAGUUAAAUGGUUUGUUUUGAAUCAAAGUGACAUAUACAACUAAAUACAUGCUGAGGUAAAGAAGUAUCAACUCAUUUACUAAAUCACACCCUUUUGGCUCCUGUGUAUUUACACUGUUUAACCGUUCUUUGUCAUGUCUGAUAUUUCUGUUAGGAUUUGAGAUGUAAUAUAGUGUAUUUCUAAAAAGAAGAUUUUACAUACUAUUUAAUAUUUUACACCAACGUGAAUAAAUCUAAAUCCUUUCAAAGGAGCUGAUGUGUUCUUUUGUGCUAAAGGUGCAGUAAGCUCAAGAACAUGCAAGUGAAGAAUCUGCAAAAGAACAUGUCGGACAUGCUGGGUAUAUGAGUGAGCUUUAACCUUCAGCCUGGUCUCCUGUAGGAUGCUUUUCUCACCUCAACCCCGUAAUGCAUAAUCAAUAAUAUGCAUCUUUUUUUUUCAGGACUAACUAAGCCAUGACAAGGAUCUACCAUGAAUGUAUACAAAGUAAUGUAACCACGAAGACAACAAAAAACAAAAAGGAAAUAUAAUCUCACAGAAAUGUAUUCAAAGCAAACAGAGCAAUAUGUGUGAUGCCUUUGGGCUUUUAACACAUCAAAAACAUCUGAGAUAUUUUACAGUAAAGUCCUGACCUCCUUCCA